GCUAAUGGACGUCAACUGCACGUAAUUCGCGAGUCUGACGCCGGUUGUGCGCACUGCGCAUGUCGCUACAACUCUGGGGGCACGUAGCCCUGAGGCUCACCAUGACCACGAGCACCAAGGUCCUCCUCACGAGAUUGUAAGAUCUGAUGUCGUCCGUUGCUGUUCCUGUCAUCUUUCAUCGCUCGUCGUCAGCCUCAUGUCGAUCACCUGGAUAGUCUGGGCAGCGAGUAGAAGACCAUCCUACAGUUGGCCUCAUAGACAGUCACAAGAGGCAUGGCUUUGUUGUGUGGUUCGCUGACAAUUGUCUUGAUUGUACUUCUAGUAACUCAGAUAGCAACAUCGAACUGGAAAGUCUCAGGACAAGAGCUGACGCUCUCCAGACAAAAACGACUCGACGACUUCGAUGAAACAUCCCACGGCAGAGAGAGGAGGGCGGACAACAUGGACGAGAACAGCGCCCUCUUUCGUCAGAAGAGACUCGACGACUUGGAAUCCCGUAUAAGCAAGAAAGAGGCUGAGUUGUCUCGUUUAAGCGAGGAGACUUUGCGAGACUAACCGGUGUGGAGGACGAGAUAGGAUCUGAUGAUGCACAAGAUGGCGGCAAGGUGCUUUCGAGGCAGAAAAGAACGGAAGACCAGAACGGUCUCCUUGACGUCACAUCCGAUGGUGAUAAAGACGAGACUGUCUUGUCGAGGGUGAAGCGGGUGGACGGACUGUUAACUGAAGAAAAGGAUCUUACGGGUGAGGACUCUAAGGAUAGAAGCUUGUUGGAGGAGAGGAUUCUGUCUCGAGAAAAGAGAAGCAAUGCAAAUUUUCAUGCAGCUGCUGAGAAUGAAGCGAUCGAGCAUAGACCGUGCUCAGCAGAAUGAUGUCAUCGGCGAAGAGGAUGACGAUUCUGUCGCUGAAAUAAAACCGUUAUCACGACAAAAGCGGAUAGAUAGCUUCAAAGUACCAGAGGAGAACAGAGAUGAAGAAGAAGAGUAUUUUGGUGAUAACAAAGUAGAAAACCAAGCGAGAAAGAACGGAUUUUCUUUGACGGCACAAAAUGGCAAACAAAGUGAUGAGACACAAAGGGAUGAACAGACAAUCAAUCAUAACAAAAUGCUCGUGGUAGGCAACGAUCUAGAAGGUUCUAGUAGCAGUGUUUGGGACACCGGGACUCUGCAGAAUUCACAGACCGCCGUGGAAAUACACAGACAGAAACGUGACCUGCGAGACGACGAUCAGACUGCACGGCAUCCCGAGGGCAUUGAUGUCAUUCUCAGGAAAAAGCUGGCCACUACUCCACAGCACUCUGCCGCCACAAAAGACUCGACCUCAGCAAACAUCUCGGCCCAGCAGGCAGCCUCGGCGAACAGAGAGGACAAGAUGCAAGACAACCGUCAGAUGUUCGUGCGAUCGAAGAAGCGGCUCCAGAAGACGCCAACCUGCGGUGGCGGCUGCUCCGGAAGUGGUUGGACAGGCACGAGGAGGAAGCCGCAGUCGUGCGGGCCUCGGCGGACGAUGAAAAGGUCGAUGACUGGCUGGAGGAGCUGGUGAUGAGGGAGCAGAUGGCGCUGAUGAACACGGAGUACGGCACGCGAGUUCGGCGCGAGCGCCUGAUGAACGCGACCCUGACCGGCGACCUCUCCACGUUGAGCAAGAUCCAGCGGGACGCGGAAGAGAUCCUGCGCCGGCGAGCUCUGGAAGGAAUCAAGGAUCCCCAAGUCCUGAAGGUUCCUCUGAAGGAGAAAGCCACCGGAGAUGAACACUGCUGACCUCGUAGCCGAGAUGGAGAAGGAACGGGACCUGGACACCGAAGACGAACCCUUUCACACGAGAACGGUCUGGCUUGAGUGGCCUCCCAUCGUGACGACGACUAACAAUGUGGAUGUGCUCAAAGAGGAAGUAAUACAACCAAACCUCAAAAUUCAACGCGAAAAGAAGAAAAAGAAACGCAAUCAGAAGAAAAACAAAAGGAAAGCCGUCAGAUAAGCAGCAGGAACAAUCCCAUGAUUCCAUAAACAGGUGGUAAUAGUUACAACGAAUUGUUUACUGAAAUUUUGGACAAAUAAAUAACGCAUCGAAGAUAUUUCUUUAACAGGAGGAGUUUCUAGCAUCCAUGUAGACCUAAUGUUUCCAUGGAUUUAAAUACACCAGGUAAUUUCCGGUUCAGAUAUUUUCUGUUGUUAGAAAAACUAGACUUUUGGUUCAUCCUCAUAGGACCGAGAAAGACGAGGGUUUGUCAAUCUUGCUGAGCAAGAGGGAACAACGUAUUAGCAAAUUUUUAUUGCACAACUAAGAAGAUUAAUCCCUGGAAUUAAUCAUCAUAAAUUGUAGUCAGCUGUUGCUGCAGUAUAGGCUACGGUGCUAAUAUCUGUCGCUGGAAGAACAUAUUUUUAAAAAGAAGAAAUCAUGGGCAGCAUUGUCAGCACUGGACAGAAAUAGUAAGAGUCAAGUAGACAAAAAGGACUUCAGUGUCAUCCAAUAAAGCAGCUAAAAGAUGAAAGCAAUUAUAACAGAGUAGUCUUUCGUUAAAAAAGUGACGAAAGCAUGAGAACUAUAUGAAUUCUCUUCGCGACCUGGAUAGAUACUUUGAUUGCGGGAGAAUUAUUCUUAUUUAUUGCAUUUUAUUGCGCGCUUCUCUGUAAUCUUGUCUCCUCCCAAUCACUGCUAGUUACUGCUCACAAAUUUUGCUGACUCCAACCAACAGAACGCCGAUAAUAUUAAAAGCACAAUCGAUUACCUGUCCUCGAUGCACUUAUUUUAUUGAGCACAUUAUUGACUGCGCCAUGUCGGUCACAAUAUGCAUUACAUGUUGGCUCGCAAUGCCUGGGCGCUCCUCACGCCGACACCAGGGGUUGGGAAAAUGUCACGUGGGCUAAAGUGGGUACAUGAUGUUUUAAAGUCUUGUUCAAUGUCGUUUUGUAUAACUUUGAUGAUAAAAAUGCUCCAUUUCCGCCCAGGAUCAUUGUGAUUCUCUCCCCUGUCUGCUUGGGUUUUCUCGGGUAUUGCGGCUGCCUUUUAAUUUUCUGGGUCUUAUUUAAAAGUUAGGGAAGCUUGGUGAUGAUUUUGUGAACAGAAAUACAGAACCUUAAUUCU